AUGCUGGAGCGACAGCGAAGGGGGGCACUUCGCUCUCUCCACGAUACCUCGGCCUCUUCCGGAUUCCAAGCCCAUCCCAGAAAGCUCCUCUUCUAUCUCAAGAGUCCACACAGUCGACAAUCAAGCGGCCGUUUGGCGAGCAGGCGAAGCUUCAUUAAAGCGCAUCGCAUGGACUACCCUCAUGUCACUAGAGAACAUAUUACCCUACAGUUUCUCAAAGACCAACGGCCCCAGGGUUUUGCAUAUCUAGACGUAUACUCUUAUUUCGAAACUGGCUCUCGAUAUUUCCUCAUCAUGUCGAGGAUUCCUGGCCAGCUCCUUGAGGAGGCUUGGCCUACCUUGGACGAGACUCUUCGCCAGUAUUACAUCUGUAAGGUAGCAGAUGUCUGCAACAACUUGGCAGCAUGGAAGGGCGAUAGCAUUAGUGGUGUAGACGGACACCAGCUGUGGGAGCGUUACCUCGUCAGAGGCAAUAGCAAGAUGGCGGAUGCCCUAUCUCCACAGCAGCUUCUGAAGAAUUGUGCCGAUAUGUCUAUGGACGUCUCCACACUCGUCUUCUAUCACUGUGAUCUUGGCCCUACAAAUCUCCUUGUCGGUACCUCGACAGGCUCGCUGGGCAUCAUUGAUUGGGAGCUUGCCGGGUACGUUCCUAUCGAAUGGGUUAGAACAAAAUUCCGACUCUCGUCAGGGAUGAAUUUCAACCAUGGGGAUGAGAACUCCAGGAAGGACUGGCGCCGCAGAGUUGCCCAACACCUAUGGGCUACCGUGAUGUCAUGGAUGCGUGGUGGAAGUUUCAGGAUUACAAAUAGACAAUGA